CCCAAGAAUUACAAAUAUAUCUUAUGACAAAAGACUGACUUGUAUUUUUUUUUGUUUUGGAGUUUCCUAGGCUUAAAAUGUGAACCCAAAAACUUCCUGAUCCCCUGCCCUGCCCUUCGAUACUCUCAGAACCUGCUGCGGCAACAUAUUUUAAGCAGCUAUCAAUGGCUGAGACCCGGUUGAUGUCCGUAUACAGAACUACGAACACAGUCUUCGAUACAUCAAUUAAGAACCCAUUUAUCUCAAUAACCUCAAAACCCAUAAAGGUCGUCUUUUCAACAUCUUUCCCUUCAUGGGUAUCUCUCAAAACCUCCAAUUUUUCGACUUUCAAUACAAUCCCUCUUGUUGCACAGACCUCAGAUUGGGCCCAGCAAGACGAGGAGGAUACAGUGACUCUUGGAGAGGAGAGUUUGGGAGAUGGAAGUGAAGAGACUUUUCCAGAACCACCUGAAGAGGCUAAGCUAUAUGUGGGGAAUUUGCCUUAUGAUGUUAAUAGUGAAAACCUGGCUCAGCUAUUUGAUCAGGCUGGGACUGUUGAGGUUGCUGAGAUAAUUUAUAACAAGGAGACAGAUCAAAGUAGAGGGUUUGGUUUUGUUACAAUGAGUACAGUUGAUGAAGCUGAGAAGGCUAUAGAGAAGUUCCACCGCUAUGAUUUGAAUGGAAGAUUUUUAACAGUGAAUAAGGCUGCUCCUAGAGGCUCACGGCCAGAAAGGCCAAGUGUGUUCAAAACUGCAUAUAGAAUCUAUGUUGGUAACCUGCCUUGGCAAGUGGAUGAUGCUCGUCUGGAGCAAGUAUUCAGUGAACAUGGACAGGUUGUGAAUGCAAGGGUCGUUUGUGAUCGAGAAACAGGCCGUUCACGUGGUUUUGGCUUUGUUACAAUGUCCAGUGAGACAGAGUUGAAUGAUGCCAUUGCUGCUCUUGAUGGACAGAGUUUGGAUGGCAGGGCGAUCACUGUAAAUAUAGCCCAAGAACGUCCAAGGCGUGGCUCAUUCUAGACGUGAGAGAAUAUUCUUCGUUGUGUCAGCAUGUAACUCUUCGUAUCGAAUAUAAUCUCCACACAGGAGAUUCUGGAAUCUUACUUCUCUUUCAUUCUGGAUAUUUUUUCAGUAGCCAGUCACAGGAAAAACUAGAACUUACAUUUUUGUUCAUGCUCUCUUUUCCUUGCAUGUUGAUAUUUUGCUGGUAUUGAGAUAUAAUUUGCAAGUUCAAUUGCUGAGUUUGCUGAUUAA